AUGGAUUACUCCACCACGAUACACGAUGCCGAAAAUCCUGCUGGAGCUUCUCCCUGGGGAUCUUCGCCGCUGUUGUCCCCUCAGCAAGCGCCGACAAGCUCUAGCGACGCUCUCCCUUCGCCGUUGCCCUACACCCCGAUCAAAUCGGUAUUUGAAGAUGCGAUAAAUGGAGCAGGUUAUCAGAGACCUGAGAGCAGUGCAGAAAUCGCAUCAGUGGCAGAGAGUGAUGAGCGUAGGCCAAAUACCGCAGACUCGACCAGUCAACCUGAGCAACAGCCAUUCUUAGGAACCCAACAGCAGCCACCGGCACAACAGCAAUACCAGGCGCAGCCACAUAGACCAGAACCGCAAAGAUAUCACCACUCCUCUCGCCAAACUCAGCAACAGCCUCAGGCGCCACAAUACAAGCUUCAAGCAAAGAUUACGGGUCUCGAGCGCACUGGGAGGAAGGAUCCUAUAUUGCGCUUUGACAUUCAUACCAAUCUUCCCAAGUUUCGAACCACCCAGUUCCGCGAUGUUCGACGAACCCAUUCCGAAUUCAUCAAGCUCGCAGAACAUCUCAUAUCCUCGAAUCCAGAAGCUAUUGUCCCGGCAGUACCGCCCGCGUUGACAUCCGCUGGUGCUGGUACAGACGAGGACGAAGCUCGUGUCAAGGCAUCACUUCAAAGAUGGUUGAACUACGUUUGCGCGAACGAGGUAUUGAUGCGGGAUGAUGAGAUGAUUCUUUUUGUCGAGAGCGAUUUUGGAUACAGCCCAAUGCUCAAGCGGAAACAACCAGCAACAGGUGUCCGAAGAAGAGUCAUCAAGCAGUUUGCUCCGCCGCCGGAUGAUACACCAGAGCUACAAGACGCAAGACCUGUUGUGAAACUUUUCUAUCUGGGAACAAUGGACGCAGGACACAAGGUUGACAAACUGGUCAAGGCUCGAAGGGGUGUGGGACUCGCCGAGUCCGAUUUUGGCGUCAAGAUUGGUGCCAUGAGCGUACAAGAGCCCCAUUCGGGCCUUGCCAACGCGUAUCGCAAGCUUGGGAAGACUAUUCAGACCACAGGAGACUUCCACGCCGCUCAAGCUACAGCCGAGGCGACUACGGUCGGCGAUCCUCUGCAGUAUCAUUCCCAAGAUGCGUUCAUUGUGAAGGAAACACUUACGAAUCGUCAUAUUCUCCUCCGUGAGCUAUUGCAGUCCCAACAAUUAACACGAAGCAAAUUAAAUGCGGCGGAUAGAUUGAAGGCUAGCUCAUCAGUACGACGGGAAAAGGUCGACGAGGCUAUCUCUGCAUUGGACGAAGCCCGGAGCAACGAGCUUUACCUCCUUGGUAAAACUCAACGAGUGACCGCGAAUUUGCUGCAGGAGCAACGACGAUGGUUCGCACGAACCGCGGCGGACUUGCGACUAAGCAUUCGGGAAUACGUGAUACGCGAAAUCGAGGCAGAACGACGGACUUUGGCAACUCUUGAAAGCAUUAGACCCGACAUUCGAGCCAUCGAUUCUUCCGGCGGUCUUUCUCGGCUGGGAAGAGAGACCGUAACGCGCAGGUCAAGCCUGGCGACAAGUCAGGGCAAGAAUGGAGAUAGCUGGUCAGGAGUGCCUCGUCGCCCAGAUGCUCUGAAUAGAAGCAUAUCAGGCAGUUUCAUGUCCAACGUCGCAGAGGAGAGCGAGCAAGAAGGUCAGGGUCCCAAUCGAGCUAGAGCUCUCAGUGGAGCGAGUGCUGGAGGUCUUAAGGACGUCAAGGAAGAGGACGACGAAGACAGAGUCGACGCUAGGAAUGCAGCUGCUCGCCUCGCAACCUCGUCGUUCUAG